AUGCGGCGGGCAAGUGAUGAUUCUGGAGGUUUGGAGGCGGCCAAGGAGGCUUCGCCGCAAUCCGUGGUGUCUACAGCAGGCGACCAGAGCUCCCGCCUGCUGGAGCAGAUGAGGGCCUGUGUGCUGGUGCAUCACCAGCUCAGCUGCCUUCUGAUCCAUUCUGCGGCACUUCAAGCUGGCCUCUAUGAUGGCGAGGCAGAUAAGGGCCACGCUCUGCGCAGCUCCAUCCAGAGCCUCGGGGGCUCCACGGCGCGGCUCUUUUGCAUGGCGCUGAGGGAUCAGAAGGACUUGCACUCCAUGGGGGAGACGCUGGGCAGCCGGGUGGAUGAGAUGGUGGAAGGCUUGCAGGCAGAGCUCUGCCUUGACGACGAGGAUGUCUCAGCACUCGCGGAGUGCAGUCAGUUGGAGAAUCAGCUUGCAGCCUGCCGCAAAGAGGCCAAGCAGCUGAGGGCCAAGCUGACGGGCGAGGAUCGGGACCACCGCCGUACCGUCUUUGAACAAGCCGCCAGGGUGCACUCAUUGGAGCAGCGCCGCGAGGCUCUGGAUCACGCCAUGGACGACCUGCUCGCAGCAGGCCUGUCGGCAGAGGCAGCCCGGGGCCCAGCAGCGCAGGCGGCUCGCAACUUGCUGGGCCGUGAGCGCCCCGAGUCACAUGGCCCUUUGCAGCGGCAGCUGCAUCAGCACCAGCUGGAGCGGCCCGCGCCUGCGCCCGGGCCUUGCCCCCAGGUCUUCCCCCACUCCCUGGCGAGCGACGUGAAGCGCCUGGCUGGGGAUGUGCUGGGCGUGGCCGUGGGUGAGCUGCUGGAUCGCCGCGGCCGGCUGCUGACGGGCUCCGUGGAAGAGGCUGGCCUGGCGGACGGGGAUGUGGUCUCCGCGACUGUGCGCCGCGCGCGGAUCUACAGCAACCUGGCCUCCGGCGUCUUCGUCCUGGUGAGGGCGGACGGCCUGGCCGUGCCCUGGGGCGACCCAGAGCUGGGCGGCGGCGGCGUUGCGGUACGGUCGGUGGAGGCGGCGGAGGUGGCGGCCCGUGCCGUGGCGGUGCGCCUGGCCGACGGGACAGGAAUUCAAAGCGGACAAGUCCGCGUCUCAGCCUUCAGAGGACAAGCUGGUGCCCUGGCAAUGGCUCUGAUGGGCUGGCGGCUGGUGGGAGUGGGCGUUGUGGAGCUCAAGGCCUCCGGCGGCGCCUUCGCUGCGCGGCGGUCCGAUGGCUCCGUGGUGACCUGGGGCAUCGGCGGCCACGGGGGCGCCAGCAGCCGGGUGCAGGCUCAGCUCUGGGGCGUGACGCGGCUGGCGUCCACCAACGGCGCCUUCGCCGCCUUGCGCUCCGACGGCACUUUGGUGGCCUGGGGCGAUGUGGGCUGUGGAGGCUCGGCGCCGGAGCUGCAGGACGUGCGCGAGAUCUACGCAUCGCAGCAGGCCUUUGCCGCGCUGCUGGGCGAUGGCCGGGUAGUCACCUGGGGCAAUGCAGACUGGGGGGGCGACAGCAGUGCGGUGGAGAAGCAGCUGCAGAACGUGCUGAGCAUCACGUCGGGCCGCGGCUUUGCCGCGCUGCGCCAAGAUGGGUCCGUGGUGUGCUGGGGCCCGAAGGACAAGGGCGGCGAUGCCAGCGCCGUGCAGGAGCAGUUGGUGGAUGUGAAGCAGAUCCACGCCACCGCCCGUGCCUACUGCGCCGUGUGUGGCGACGGGCGCGCUGUGGCCUGGGGGGACGCCCACUGGGGCGGCGAUAGCCGGGAGGCGCUCAAUACGCGACGGGUGCGUCGAAUCUCAGCCACCAGCUGCGCCUUUGCCGCCAUCCUGGAGGAUGGCGGAGUGGUAACUUGGGGUGACCCUGCUCGUGGCGGUGACAGCAGCAAGGUUGCCCAUGAAUUGCGGCACGUGGAGCAGGUGGCCGCCGGGUGCGUAGCCUUUGCCGCCCUGAGAAGCGAUGGCUCAGUGGUGACCUGGGGUGGAGAGAGCUGGGGAGGCGACAGCAGCCAAGUCCAGGAGCAGCUGACCGGUGUAGAGGAGAUCCAGGAUCGGGGCUGUGCCUUCGCCGCGAUGCGCCUGGACGGAACUUGCGUGACCUGGGGCCAUCCUCGGUGGGGCGGCGACAGCAGCGCGGUGCGGCGCCAGCUGCCGCGGCACGGCGAUGAUUGCGACGCCUGGGCUUGUGCCCGUGCAAGGCCGAGCGGGCGCGGGUCCAAACGCUCGUCCGGCGAUGCCUCGCUGGCGCAGCUGGACGCUCAGCUCCGGGCCUCGCAGACGGAUUUCUGGGGCAUGCUCGGGGGCCCGGUGCUGCGGCCGGUCUUGGCAUUGCGCCAGGUGGGAAUUUGGAUCUUGUGCCCCUUUAAACAGACAGGCAGGAACUCCUCGGACCUUUUCCGCUUCGCCCCGCUGCAGUCCGCGCUGGGACAGGUGGUGAAGCUGCAGGAGGAUCUGCUGGCAGAGCUCACUGCCUCUCCGCGAACUCAGCAGCGCCUGCGCAAGUGCCAAAGCGCGGCCGAUCGGGAUGCCCUGGCACGGAGCUUGGAGAGCGACCUGGCGGGCAAGCAAGGCUUCGACCUCCAGGCUUUGGACCAGGCACUGCAAGAGCUGAGUGCGGACGUGGAAGUGGACGCGCAUCGCCGCAGCAUCGUCGAGGCGCUCCACGGCCGAGAGGAUCCGGAGGUAGAAGGCAUUAUGGACCGGACCGCGAUUUCCCGGUCCGCGCUGAAGAACCUGCUCCAAACCCUGCACAAAUGCUUCGCAAAGCCAUCCUUCCAGUCUGACUUGGAUAUGCUGAAGGAGGAGGCCACUCGCCGUGGAGAAGACCCAGAGGCCCCCCAUUUGGCGGGCCGGGAUGAGCUCAUCUUCUUCAUCCAAGAGGAUCUGCUGCCGAAGUACGGAUUCGAGGCGUCCAAGGCGGGGGUGAAUGAGAUGCUCAAGCUCUGCGCGCGCCAUUUGGCGGACCCGGAGAUCGCCCGGCUCUUCGACGACGCCAACAAGCAAGUUGGCAUGUCCCCUGCAGCCUGCGAGUUCUUCCGGAAGAAGGUGGCGAUGAUGAAGUGA